UUGUUAAUCUCAACUAUGAAACUCAACAACAAAAGUCGGAAAUCAUUUCCAUUAUAUGUAUACAUAAGAUAGGAACAUAUUGUGUAACACAAAGACUAAUAUAGUAAAAACACAUGCUGAGUCAGUAAUUACCUACUGCAAAAUCAUAGUAUCAAACAUGACUUGUGUCAUCUAAUUAACAAGACCAUGCUUGACCAGCACAAGAAUUGAACCAGCCAAACAAAGGAAAAAGCAACCUGAAAAAUCAAGAAUAGACAAAACCAGGAGAAGCAAACAAGCAAGCCCGUGCAGCUAGAUGGAGCAGGUCAUCCCUGCUACAAUAAAAAGCCCUGCCAACAUGGGUAAGCAAUAGAAAAGCACCCAACCUCUGGAAAAUCCAACGUACAUCAGCACCCCUAACAAAAUCAUAAAAGAGCUCUAUCAAACCACAAACAGAUCACCCACAUGCGGGUCUUUUGAAGAGCAAUGGGCAUGGAGACAACCACCAGGCCACAUCUUACCUCAUAGGGAUCGCCACCAGCAACACACUCAAAAGACAGCAACCCCACUACCGAGACCACAAAAUUCAAGCAACGAAAGAAUUAUCUCUGAGCCACCCCAUACCAUGAUCUCUAAUAACUUUACCGUGUGAAGGGCACAAUUUACCAUGUUUCUUUCUAACCAAACCUGCCAGCACACCGCGUGAAGGGGACAAUUUACCAUCCUGUCGCUAAGAGUAUCUGGUUGUUUCACCCCCCCCCCACAUCUGCUUAUUAUAUAGAUGAUAGAAUAUCUCCUGAUUGUGGAUCGACGUCGGUGCAGCCUCUCUUAACUUUGGUCAGACUUCCUUGGAAAACUCGCAGUCAAUGAAUAGAUGAUCAAUGGACUCUUUAUUUCUCAAGCACAAGGAGCAUUUGUUGGCAAGCGACCAUCCCCUCCUUUUCAAGUUAUCUAGUGUGGGGAUUUCCUUAUGAGCUACCAUCCAUAUGUAGGUGCACACCUUUGCUGGGAAGAUCUUCCUCCAAACUGAAUCUUCCAGGAAGUGAAGCAGCCUUGCCUAGGUAAACGAUUCAUGGCUAAACACAUGUACAUGGAAUUCACUGAAAAGGAAGCCUUAGAUACAUGGUCCGUUAGCAAAACGAUAACUGUCAAUGGAACUAAGUAAAUUUAAAAGACAUGAACAAGUUAAAUUCUCACAUAACACUCUCGCCUGAGCAACUUGAAAUAUCCACAAUGCAGGCAUCAGGAUGGGUGAAAACAACGACGACCCGAGGGAACUUGUCGGCGAGAAUCAUUUCAGGGACUCAACAAUCAUGCCAAAAGGAGACCCCUGCUCCUCCUCCUAGAUCAAUUAACCCAGCUUCCAGAACCAUUCAUAUUCUAUUGAAAUAUUGACCCAUACCAAACUGGCAUACCCAUUAUUCUUGUAACUAGUAUACCAAACAGAAUGAGGAUUUAGAUAUUUCACACUAAUUAAGUUUCUUCACCAACUUCCUCUCUCCACUGCAAACCGCCACAACCACUUAGCCAACAUUGCUUUAUUAAAGCACUCUAGGUCCUUAAUCCCCCCAAACCCCUAUUGUCCUUUGAAGCUUUAUAGAUAUCCCAACUUAAAAGGGGAAUGUUUUGGCUAUCACCUGCUCCACUCCACACAAAUCUCCUCUGCAUCUUAUCAAUUCUCUUCACCACUGUUUUGGGACCUUUAAAAAGGCUAAAUUAGUAAGCAUUUAUUUAAUUUUGCAUUAGGUUAGCAACCUCAAUUUAAUUAUUAACACCCUUAAUCCAAUUUCCAUAAGGUUAUUAACCUCAAUUUAAUGGCCAUUUCUCUCCAAUUAUGUCUAGGUAGUGGCAGGCUGCUAUAGCAGGACACACUAUAUUGUCUUGGCUAAUGAAGUAAAACCAAUUUGUGAGCAAGUUCACAUGCAUUUAGUUAGAAGUAUGAAGCGUGAAAGAUCUAACUCUCUGAGGGACAAUAGUAUUGGGUCUAUCCCAUUACCAAGUCAAUUGCAGUGCACACUCCGCAUAACUGAGUACAACCUUAGGUUUGAAAAUCACUACACGACAAUCAACGAUGGUGAAAAGAACCAAAAUUAACACUGGUGUAGGGAGGAAAACAUACCCGAGAAUUAUGACAGAGGUAUUCAGGAAAGAUCAUGAAAUCUGUGGGCCGAAAUUACUAUCUCUACCCAAUAUUGGGAGUGAAGCAAGUCUGAUCAACACCACGUUGCGGGUUGCAUGAUCAGCAGUCUCUGUAGAACCAGGAUCGGGCAAGCGUUUGAGAAAGCACCAACGCAGCUGAAGUCAAAGCUUUUGUGGUUCGUCGACAGGGAGUUUACCACCGCUACAGAUUGCUUGAUCAACACCCUCCGAAGAAUCGAGUUUGGGCCCGCGUUUGAGAAGAAUCAAGUUGGUGAAAACGGAGUUGACUUUGAAAUUAGUGUGCCAUGGAGGAAGAGAAUCUAGAGGAACUUCAAGCAAAAUAGUAAAACAUCUGAAAUUAAGGUGCGAUCUCCAGCAUUGUUUGUCGGCAGGAUAGUGGGUUCCUGAGGAAGCCAGCGAGAGGCAGAGCAGUGGGAAUUUGAACCGGUUGUACAGAUGACAAUGAGUUGGCAUUAAGGGGGGUUCAACAUUGUUUGAGCCUAGGGGUGGGCAUUCGGUCGUUUCGGUUUGAACCAAACCGAACAGAUGAGUACCGGUAUUCCGAUUCCAAGUGGAUGGCAAACCGAAUUCGAACCAAAUUAUAAUUCGGUUCGGUUUUCCCGAACCGAGUUAUAAAUCGAUUCGAUUCGGUUUUCUGCCCAAAACCAAAAAUGCUGUUGUGUUGCGUUUUUGUGUUGCUAGGCAACAAUAGACCCCAAGCCCACACAGACCAUUUAUCUCGCCUCUCUGACUCUUACUCUCUCUCACUUUUCUCCUCUCGAUUCCCUUCUAUACUUUUCUCCCUCUAGCUCUCUACCUUCCUUACCUUUCCUACCCAUCCCAUCCGCCACCAUUGAACCAACCCCCCCACUAGGCCAAUUUCCAUUGCCCUAGAGAGAGAGAAAAAAAAGCAGAAUAUAAGGGAAGGAAGGAAGGAAGAAAGAAAGGAAGGAAGAUGAAACGCAACCCUGCUGCCAAUCUUACUCUCAUACAACGAUUCCGGCUAUGAGGAAGUUCAAAGGUAUGUUUCUAUUUGGGUUGCAUGUCGGUUUGGAGAUCUUAUUUUGCCUAAAGAGAGAGGAUCGUGAGAUCUGAUUUCUGACCUUUGCUUAUUUUUCCAAUUUUUUAGGUUGAAGCCUUGAAGGAAAGAGACACACCUAGGGCGGAGAGAAAAGAUAGACUCACGGCGGAGAGCUGACCUGGUUUCUUUCUCACUUUGGUUUUUCUAUGGUGGACGAAGAUGAGAUAUGAAAGCGAUGGAGUUGGCGGAGACUGCUGAAGAGAUGAGAAUCGGCCGCAAUAGGGUUUCGCAAGGUUGGGCUAGGAAGUCAGCUGGUUUUGGGCCGUAAAUUGGGCUAUGUAGUUGAGUGGCCUUUUUUAGUAUGUCAUCUCUUUUUUUAUUUCGGUUUAUCGGAAUUCGGUUUCGGUUGUGCAUGUCCUGGUUUCCGAAACGUGUAGUAUUGGUUUCCGAAUUCCGAACCGAAUUAAUGAUAUCCGGUUUCGGUUUGGUCUGGAUCGGUUUCGAUCCGGUUUGGUUCGGAUUUACCGAACCGGAUGCCCACCCCUAUUUGAGCCCGUUCACCAUGGUAGUCGAUUUUCCAUCCACGUGGAUAGGGGAUUUUUCUAGAAAUAGCACCUUUAAAAAAAAUUACAAAAUAGCACCCAUUCCGUAGAAAUUACAAAAAUAGCACCAUUUUUUAUAAACCGCACCCCCAGCUGCGUUUUGCAUGUAAACCGCACCUCCCUAGUGCGUUUUGUCAUUAAACCGCACCUUGGGGGUGCGUUUUAGUUUUCUGGGCCAAAACCGCAUCUUGGCCAUGCGGUUUGCGGUCUGGCCUAACCAAACCGCAUGGCCCAGAUGCGGUCUAGGCCUGACCUACCAAAACCGCACUUUGGGGGUGCGGUUUUGCUUCUCCAAAACAAACCACCCCCCCCCCCCCCCCCCCCCCAAUGCGGUUUUUGUGUCAAUUAUUUUCCGACACCGAGCAUGCAGCCAUGCAGAUUUACAGACGUGGGGCUGCUUGGCAGAUGAAAAACGCACCUCUAAGGUGCGGUUUUCAUUGAUGAUUUUGCCUAUAAAAUACAGCCCGGGAA